GUCUUUUGUGCCCCUAUGACCUCUCAUAUUAGUGUGUCUGCAUGUGUUACAACAGUGAACGGCAGCGUCACCCCCACCUCCCUGCCUGUCACCACCACCGAGUGGCUCACGGAUUACACAGACAUCGUGUCCAAAUUCUCCCUGCGCUCGGCCGACACUCCAGAUGAUGACAUGUGCUACAUUGUGGCCGGGAGGCCCGACACCAUCCAGGAGUGCAAGUUCAAUGCGCAAACGCAGACAUUUGUCAUCAUCCAUGGCUGGACGGUAACAGGCAUGUUUGAGAGCUGGGUGCCCAAACUGGUGUCGGCUCUGUACGAGCGCGUACCCAACGCCAACGUGAUCGUGGUGGACUGGCUGACGCGCGCUAACCAGCACUACUCAACCUCCGCAGCCUACACCAAGUUGGCGGGCCGAGACGUGGCCAAAUUUGUUACCUGGAUACAAAAAGAACUGCAGCUUCCCUGGGACAAGAUCCACCUGCUGGGUUACAGUCUGGGGGCGCACGUGGCCGGGAUUGCGGGGUACCUCACCGACCACAAGAUCAGCAGGAUCACAGGACUGGAUCCCGCCGGUCCCACAUUCGAGCACGCCGAAGACCAGAACACACUGUCCAGAGACGACGCCCAGUUUGUGGACGUCCUGCACACCAACACCCGAGGCUCGCCGGGCCGCAGCAUCGGGAUCCAGAAGCCCGUGGGCCACAUCGACAUCUACCCCAACGGAGGCGCCUUCCAACCGGGCUGCGACAUCCAGAACACUCUGAAGGGGAUUGCCCUGGAAGGCCUCAAGGGCCUGCAAAACAUGGACCAACUUGUCAAGUGCUCCCACGAGCGCUCCAUCCACUUGUUCAUCGACUCCCUCCUCAACACGCAGCAACAGAGCAUGGCCUACCGCUGCAACUCGCGCGAGUCUUUCAACAAGGGCCUGUGCCUCAGCUGUCGCAAGAACCGCUGCAACAAAAUCGGCUACAACAUCAACAAGGUCCGCACGGCACGCAGUGCCAUGAUGUACCUCAAGACUCGGGAAAAGAUGCCCUACAAAGUUUUCCACUACCAAGUGAAGAUGCACAUGUUCAGCGACCGAAGACUGACCUUCAAUGAGCAGCCCAUAAAAGUUUCCCUGUAUGGAACCCAUGGAGAGAAAGAAGACAUAUCCUUCGUCCUGCCAGUCAUGAACCACAACAGCACCGUGUCCUUCCUCAUCACCACCGACGUGGAUAUCGGAGACCUCAUGAUCGUCAAGCUGCGCUGGGAGAAGGACUCCAUCUUCAGCUGGCCGGACUGGCGGGGCAGCAACAAGUUCUACAUCCGAAAGCUGCGAAUCAAGUCGGGCGAGACCCAGUCUAAGGUGAGCUUCCGUGCAAAGGAAGCGGAGUUCUCUGACCUGGUUCGAGGAGGAGAAGCUGCAGUGUUUGUCAAAUCCAAAGAAGAUAACCUGAGUCGUAAAGAAAGAUUGAUGCACAAAAUCAAGACGCAGGGGAGUCUGUUUGGUCAGACUGACGCUUAAAGAUGCACUCGCACCACCACCACGACCACCAUCAUCAUCAUCAUCAUCAUAAUCAUCGUUCUGCACAUCAUCAAGAUGAACGUGCACAGCCAAAGAGGGACAAAAGCACAAAACUUCAUGGGAAUUGGCAAUCAAAGCACACGCUUACUGCAUAGAAAUUAGAUUCUGAACCUUGGAGAAAAAAAAAUGUUACACAAGUGAUGAUGUGCCCAUUUGAACACGUUUGCUUUUCGUGUGUCUAUGCUUAACUGUAUGUUCUUUAUACACACUUGCUGUGCCUGAAUGACUUUUGAAUUAUUGCUCAUUUGAGUAGUUAAUCGUGAGAGGGGUAAUUUAGGCACAUUUUUGUAGUGUUUGUCGUAAAAAUGAAAAACGCUGAUUUUUUUUGAUUUUGUCCCUUCGCCAAACUACUAACCGCCAACAAACCACGGGGACCAAAGAGUUAUUGACUAUCUACUGAAUCACAUUGGUCUUGUAAAUACCAUUUUUAUAUAUAUAUAUAUAAAAAAAAAAAAGAAACCAAAAAAAAUAAAGAAAAAAUCUGUUUUAUAUUUGGACUUCCGAAUUAUGUUCAUUGGAUUGGAUUGCCUUUUGGUUAUUGUAUCACAGGUCACUUGAAAACGCUUUUGUCAAACAACAACAACAACAAUUAUGCCCAGUUUGCGAUUGCUGCCUAACUUUCAAAGGCCACACAAGUUACAUGAUUGCUGGAAAUAAAAAUACACAUGCAAGCUGUUGGACUUUGUCAUGGACCUUCCAACACCAUAGCCAGAACACAUGCCCAGAAUACACCGUAUUAUAUUUAUUGAAUGUACAUUUAUAUAUUUGUAUAUCAAGCUGUAAUAUAUUUUGUCAUGCUUC